UCGAAUCGAUAUUUUCGCACGACCAUUUGAUAUGCGAUAUUUCCAUUGAUACUUCGAGCCUCAGUAUUGUAGCGUGUCGGUCAAAGACAAAGCCCCGUAUUCUAAAUUCUCUUUUAUUGAUAAGAGUUUACCUUAAACAUGGCUUCUCAGACGAUCAGGUGGUUCCUAAACUUUUAGGUUUUCCGGUUUUUCAUUUUCUAUUUAACUCGUGAUUUAAACUUAAACCGAUGAUAACGCAAAAAUUGUGUUUUUCUAUUCAUGGUUAAUCGGCGGUAAUUUUUAAAAUUUAGUAAUCAGAAAAAUGAAUACCAUGAAUGGAAGAACUGAUUUUACGUUAUCAUUAGGUUGAGCCUAAACCAUAAGUUAACCAAGAAAUUAAAGAUCAGGCCUUAGAGGUGAUCUUUUAUCGAUAAAAGUGAGUUCAGAAUAUGAACCCGAGACAUCAAUUGAUUCGAACCAAAGCACAAUUCGGCUGUGUUCCGUUGUUGGGUGGUUUCCAUAAAUGUAUUCUUAUUUCAAAACGGUCUCGAGAAUCGUUUUCAGACAUUAAUGUGACUCUUUUAUUGAUCAAGGGUUAUCUAAGUGCACACGACCGUACGGACGUAUUUCGACUCGUAUCGAUACAAAAUAUCGAUACUUUAUUCUCCUUCGCACAUUAGAAAUUACGACAAUCGAGGUUUCUCUCUCUCUCUCUCUCUCUUUCUCUUGCACGGUCUUCUUUGCGGCGUCGCUCUUCCUUUUCAUUUCUUUACUUUUCGUUCAAUUGACGAAAGCGCGCAUCGAUAUUAUUACACGCUCCGAUCGUCCGUGCAAUCCUCGCGACACCGUGUGCAGUUGGAGAAAUGCAGAACGAAAACAAAAGUGCCGGAGGGCGAUUGCCGGAGCGGAGAUGCGCUGCCGAUCAGUCUUCCCCGAGUGGCCGGCGCGUCUACGUCGCGAAUGAGCCAUGACGAGCGGCAACAAGUGCACCGCGUCCGUCGCCGAUCCGCACGAGCUCGGUUGCGCGGAUUGCGGCGUCCCGGCCGACAGCAAGGAUGCGAAACGCCUCGUCAAGGAGCGGACAGUGCGGAGGUUCAAGUCGAUCGCCGGACAUAUGGGUCUGCUGAUCACACUGAUGCUCUACACCGUGAUCGGCGGACUGGUUUUCCGACACAUCGAACUUCCGGCGGAGCUCGGACGGCUGGAGCGUUUGCGUGCGAAAUUACGCAUGCAGCGAUACCGCUUCGUGGAAUCCGUCUACAACAAUACGGACGUCUCCAAUCUGCGCACUUUGGUUAGCGUGAACCUGCGCGACUAUGAGGAAGCGGUGCAGGAGGCGGCGGAAGCCGGUCUCCUGGUCGGCUUCGUGGCGGAUACGAUUGAACAUCAGGAUCGCGCCGAUUCGGAACUGCCGCCCGUCGCCACCGAACGGUGGAGUGUGCUUCAAGCUGUCUUCUUCGCCAGCACUGUCCUCACCACGAUCGGAUACGGCAACGUCGUGCCUUCGACCAACUGGGGCAGGAUCUUCUGCAUCCUCUUCGCCUUUAUCGGCAUACCGCUCACCCUGAUCGUGAUCGCCGACAUGGGCAAAUUGUUCGCCGGGGCGGUAGAGCAUGUCGCGUUGACGUUAAAGUCGAGACUUCCGUUUCGGGCGAAGAAGCUCGCAUGCGUCCCAUCGAGCGCGACCAGCCGUCGGUCGCUCGGCGCUUGUGCCGCUAUCGGGUUGCUUUUCUUGUACCUCGCCUGUGGCGCUGGUAUGUUCAUGCUGUGGGAGGACGACUGGGACUUCUUCGACGGCUUCUACUUCUGCUUCGUGACGAUGACGACCAUAGGCUUCGGCGACCUGGUGCCGAAGAAACCUAAGUACACUUUAUUGUGUACAUUGUACAUCCUGGUCGGCUUGGCGCUGACCAGCACCAUCAUCGAGCUGGUCAGACGACAAUACGCCCAGUCCUGGAGGAGACUGCAGAGACUGAGCGGUCCAUUGACCGAGACCCUCAGGAAACUCGGCGAGCAAGCUGGCGGCGAUAUGUCCGCGUUACAUUCUGAUUUAAGGAAGGUAUUGACAGUUAUAUCUAUGCCGCGUUUGAGGUGGACCUCGUCCAUCGAUCAGGUCUCGAAGGACCGGGAUUGGGAAGAAGCCGUGGAAGCGGUACUGCGUGACAUCGCCGCGUCUGCGACCGCACCACCGCCCAAGAAGCCGAUAGUGCAAAUCGUCAUUUACGAAUCCAGCGUUUAGUACUCGGGAGAAAGA